GUUUACGUGAAAAUCUAACAGACCUCGCCGUUCCACUGUUACGAUACAAUAAUAUAGAUGGAAGCAAAGGACAUGCAGAAGCAGGAUGGAUGCAAGUAUCACACUAUGAUUUUGGGGCAUACUCUACCUCAAAUUGCAAAUUGCAAUAA